UGGAGGCAAAUUCGUCAUUAAGGACUUUCUUAGCGGGUGGUACAACGAUCUACCUCGGCGGCUCGGCUCCCAGUUGGUGGAGCAGCGGCUCGCUGGUGUCUUCACUUUGCUGUGGAUCUAUAAAUACCGGCAUCACUGAUUCUUCUUGGUAGGACGCGGGUAGGAGAACAACACCCAAUUGAGUUUCUCUUCAGGUUACAUACUCCACUGUGAUCACAAAGCUGUUUCAAUCCCCAUUCUACUGUUGCCAUGGGCUCCAGAGCUCCAGCUAUUACCAUGAGAAAUGAUUCCUUCUCAGAUGGAGACUCUGUGAGGGGUGAACCACUUUCUGAGAAAACAGAAACCGAGAAUGCAUCAGAAAUUGGCUGCCUUUCUGUUAUUGUCCUUGGUGCUUCCGGUGAUCUUGCCAAGAAGAAGACAUUUCCAGCACUGUUCAAUCUAUUUAAGCAGGGCUUCCUGCAACAAAAUGAAGUUCACAUAUUUGGAUAUGCAAGGACAAAACUUUCAGAUGAUGAUCUAAGGAAUCGGAUACGUGGAUAUCUGAAAAGUGGAAAUGGAGAUUCAUCUGCGACCUCAGAAGUCGUUACAAAGUUUUUGAUGAUGAUCAAGUACGUCUCUGGUUCAUAUGAUGAUGAGUCUGGCUUUGUCCAUCUAGAUAAGGAAAUUUCUGAGCAUGAGAUUUCCAGAAAGAGUAACCAAGGAUCUUCUAGAAGACUCUUUUAUCUUGCACUCCCUCCAUCAGUUUAUCCACCUGUCUGCAAAAUGAUAAGGCAUUUUUGCAUGAAUCGAGCCGACCAGGGUGGUUGGACUAGAAUCGUUGUUGAAAAGCCUUUUGGUAAGGAUUUGGCCAGUUCAGAGCAAUUGAGUUCUCAACUAGGACAGCUCUUUGAGGAACCCCAAAUAUAUCGUAUUGAUCAUUACUUAGGAAAGGAGUUGGUGCAGAACCUGUUGGUUCUUCGUUUUGCCAAUCGUCUGUUUAUGCCCCUUUGGAAUCGCGAUAACAUAAGUAACAUCCAGAUAGUCUUCAGGGAGGAUUUUGGAACAGAAGGACGUGGUGGAUAUUUUGAUGAAUAUGGAAUUAUCCGGGAUAUCAUUCAGAAUCAUUUGCUGCAGAUUCUUUGUUUAGUUGCAAUGGAGAAGCCUGUGUCUCUUAAACCUGAGCAUAUUCGGGAUGAGAAAGUAAAGGUUCUUCGAGCAGUCACGCCUAUAGAGGAUGAUGAUGUUGUUCUUGGACAAUAUGAGGGAUAUAAGGAUGAUCCAACAGUUUCAAAGAACUCAAAUACCCCAACUUUUGCGACUGUCAUUCUCCGAUUACACAACGAAAGAUGGGAAGGUGUUCCGUUUAUACUUAAAGCAGGAAAAGCACUUAACUCAAGGAAAGCAGAAAUACGCGUCCAAUUCAAGGAUGUGCCUGGUGACAUCUUUAAGAGCAAAAAGCAAGGCAGAAAUGAAUUUGUCAUUCGACUUCAACCUUCUGAGGCAAUGUACAUGAAAUUAACUGUAAAGCGGCCUGGACUGGAAAUGUCAACUAUCUUAAGUGAGCUAGACUUAUCUUACGGGCAACGUUAUCAAGAAGUUGUAAUUCCUGAGGCAUAUGAGCGGCUAAUUUUGGAUACAAUAAGAGGUGACCAGCAACAUUUUGUCCGCAGGGAUGAGCUAAAGGCGGCCUGGGAGAUAUUCACCCCUUUGCUACAUAGAAUUGAUGAUGGAGAAAUCAAGCCAAUUCCCUAUAAAGUGGGGAGCCGCGGCCCAGAUGAGGCGGAUAACCUACUCAAGAAAGCUGGAUACGUGCAGACCCAUGGCUAUAUCUGGAUACCACCCACCCUGUGACUGGUCACUCAGUGUUUUAUGUAAAUGUAGGCAGAUCAUUUUCAUCCCACUGCAAGUAGUUGUAGAAUAAGUUUGAUCAGCUAGCUAGCGUGAGAGUUUGGUCUUCGUAGAGGUUGCCAGUUUGUUUUUCCCACCAACAUUCUGUUCAAUUUGUCAUGUGGUCAUCUAUAUAUACAUCAUCUUUGUUUGUA